AUGCCAUCCACACUAAGACCGACUGCCGCGGUGGCGGCAUGCUUGAUAUUGCUCCAGCUUACAGCCGCCCAGCAGCCCAGCACCCUAACGCCCGAGGUGCACCCACAGCUGAAGACGCAGAAGUGCACUACUGCAGGAGGUUGUGUAGAGCAGAACACAUCCGUGGUGCUCGACUGGGGCGCCCGCUGGAUCCACACAGCCGACCAGGCACCAUGCACAACAUCGAGCGGCGUCAACUCGACACUCUGCCCAGACCAGGCAACAUGCAGCCAGAACUGUCUCAUCGAGGGCGCCAACUACACGGCCUUGGGCGUCAACACCGACGGCGCAACUAUGACCCUGUCCCAAUACAUGCCCACCGAGAGCGGGCUCCAGAGUGUCUCCCCCCGAGUCUACCUCCUUGACGAGGACACCAGCAACUACGUCUCCUUCCAGCUGCUCGGCCAGGAGCUCACCUUCGACGUGGACCUUUCGACGCUGCCCUGCGGCCAGAACGGCGCACUCUACCUCUCCGAGAUGGACAUCACCGGCGGGCGCAGCGACGUGAACACCGGCGCCGCCAACUACGGCUCAGGCUACUGCGACGCGCAGUGCCCCGUGCAGACGUGGAAGAACGGCACCCUCAACACGGACAAGUCGGCCUACUGCUGCAACGAGAUGGACAUCCUCGAGUCGAACCGCGCCGCCGCGUCCUUCACCCCCCACCCCUGCAACGACGACGUCACGGACUGCGACAAGGGCGGCUGCGGCUUCAACCCGUACAGCCAGGGCUACAAGAACUACUGGGCGCCGGGGGGAACGCUGGACACGAGCAAGCCGUUCACCGUCACCACGCAGUUCGUCACCGACGACGGCACCACGGCCGGCACCCUCAGCGAGAUCCGCCGCGUCUACCAGCAGGGCGGCGUCACCGUGCCCACCGCCAUCUCCGCGCCGAGCGGCGACUCCAUCAACUCGACCUGGUGCGCGGCCAACGACGGCGACGCGGCCAAGUUUGGCAACCUCGACACCAUGGGCAAGGCCCUCGGCCGCGGCAUGGUGCUGGCGUUCAGCAUCUGGAAUGACAACACGCAGUUCAUGAACUGGCUCGAUGCUGGCAACGCCGGCCCGUGCAGCGAGACCGAGGGCAACCCGGCCAACAUCCAGGCCAACGAGCCCGGCACGCACGUGGUGUUCAGCAACAUCAAGUGGGGAGAAAUUGGCUCCACCCUCCCCAAGUCGUCCUCCGCCUAG